UGCAUUAGCAGUGGGUGUAUCUUUAACGUUUGUGAAGUGUAUUCCAUCAAAUGGCGGCUUUAAAUCAUUACGUGCUCUAGACAGAAAAUUUGUUAUCAUUAUUCUCUACAUCUCUUUCCUGACCGUUACGUACCUAAUAUUUUUGUAUUUAGUUUCGUUUUCUGUUUUAAAUUGACUGAAGCAUCAUGCCUGCUGUCCGAGGAGAAGGCAUGCGUGGCCUUGCUGUUUUUAUUUCUGAUAUAAGGAACUGUAAAAGUAAAGAAGCUGAAAUUAAAAGAAUUAAUAAAGAAUUAGCUAAUAUCAGAUCCAAGUUCAAAGGAGAUAGAGCAUUAGAUGGAUAUCAGAAAAAGAAGUAUGUUUGUAAACUAUUGUUUAUAUUUUUAUUGGGACAUGAUAUUGAUUUUGGUCAUAUGGAGGCUGUGAAUCUUCUGAGUUCAAACAAAUAUUCUGAGAAGCAAAUUGGAUACUUAUUUAUAUCUGUUCUGAUGAAUGCCAAUAAUGAGUUGAUGCGUCUCAUCAUCCAGUCUAUAAAGAAUGAUCUCUCUUCCCGUAAUCCUAUUCAUGUUAACUUAGCAUUACAGUGUAUUGCUAAUAUUGGCAGCAGAGAAAUGGCUGAAACCUUUGGAUCUGAAAUUCCAAAAUUACUUGUUUCUGGUGAAACUAUAGACUUGGUGAAACAGAGUGCAGCUCUUUGCUUGCUUCGUCUUCUGCGCACCAUGCCUGAAAUAAUUCCCAGUGGUGAAUGGACUACUCGUAUCAUUCAUCUUCUAAAUGAUCAGCACAUGACAAAUCCAACAAGUGCAUAUUUUAAAAUUGGAUUAAAAAUGCAAGGUAUUAUUUGUCAACAAAAACCAUGGGAACUUGGAAUGCAACAUAAAGAUUGCUCUUUAAAACUGAGAAUUGUUAUGUGCAUGGUUGCAACU